AUGUUGGACAAUAUAUUUUGUAACGGAGAAGCUCCCUCUAGGGUAAUGGAAUGCAACAAGGAUGAAGCGAAAAGGGCAAUGGAUAUUGCUGAGAGGAAAGUUACAGAAAAAGACUACAAUGGGGCCAAAAAAUUCGCUAUCAAGGCUCAAAACUUAUACCCUCACCUUGAUGGCCUAAACCAGUUGCUGAUGACUGUUGAUGUUUAUAUCUCCGGAGAGAAACAAAUCAGCGGUGAAGCUGAUUGGUACGGUAUACUUGGUGUUGAUCCCUUGGCUGAUGACGAAGUGGUGAGAAAACAGUACCGGAAACUAGCUCUGAUGCUCCAUCCUGAUAAAAACAAGUGUAAAGGCGCAGAAGGUGCGUUUAAGCUGCUCUCUGAAGCUUGGAGUCUACUAUCUGACAAGUCCAGGAGAUUCUCAUAUAACUUGAAGAGGCAGGUUAAAGAAAAAUUCACAACAACGCAGAGUGGGAAUCCACUGCGUCGCCCACCAAGCUCUAACGGGUAUCAAAAUGUAAAAGAACCUGUGGUUUCGCGUCCUAGGGCUAGAACUAAGCCCGCUGCUCCGCCUGUUCGUAUGGAUAGACCCCGCAUGGAUCCUCCUGUCGUUGUCGCUCCGGUUCGGAAGGAGAGCAGUACGUUUUGGACAAUGUGCAACGCGUGCAAGACUCAGUAUGAGUACCUGAGGGUUUAUCUGAACCAGAUCUUGCUUUGUCCGAACUGUCGUGAAGGUUUCGUCGCAGCUGAGAAAGCUCCGCCUCCGAGUGUUCCUCCGAAGCCAGUGAACCUCUCUUUUAACCAACAGCACCGCAGUUCCAAAACCCAAGCAACAAACAAGAACUCAUAUGGUACUUCCUCUGGGAGAGAGCCUGCAACAUCUGGUAGCCAUGGUUUUCGGUGGGAAUCUUUAUCAAGAAUGCACGGUUCUAACAACCGAAAUGCCACAAAUCAAGCUGCUGCUGCGAAUGUAGUUCAGCAAGCACAAGAUAGAGUGAAAAGAGGGUUUGGGGAGUCGCAAGAAAGAGAUGUUGCUAGAGGAUUCACAAACUCUGAUCUGAAGAAUUUUAAGAAGCCGAAGACAGAUGACUCCCGCAUGUCUGACUUUCACAACUUUGAUCUUGACCGAUCUGAAACUUCUUUUCAAGACGACCAGAUUUGGGCUGCUUAUGACGAUGACGAUGGAAUGCCUCGGUUCUACGCCCGCAUCCAAAAGGUGAUUUCUCUGAAUCCCUUCAAGAUGAGAAUCAGCUGGUUCAAUACCAAAAGCUGCAAAGAGUUUGGUCCUAUGGACUGGGUAGGCUCUGGCUUCGCUAAAUCAUGUGGAGAUUUUAGGUCAGGGAAGUACGAGUUAACAGAUGCACUCAACGCCUUUUCCCACAAAGUGGAUUUCACCAAAGGUGCAAGAGGACUCCUUCAUAUUUAUCCCAAGAAGGGACAAGUCUGGGCAUUGUACCGAAACUGGUCCCCUGAGUGGGACAGGGAUACACCUGAUGAAGUCAAACACAAGUACGACAUGGUGGAAGUUCUUGAUGAAUACACAGAAGAUAAGCAAAACCUAACAGUGACUCUCUUAGUCAAAGCUGAAGGAUUCAAGGCAGUUUUCCGCAGAAGCACAGAGGAGAAAGACGUGAGAAAGAUUCAAAAGGAAGAGAUGUUUAGAUUCUCUCACCAAGUGCCACACUACGUUCUUACAGGGAAAGAAGCUGAUAACGUACCAGAAGGUUGUCUGGAGCUAGACCCGGCGGCAACUCCUUGUGAAUUACUUUUAGAGGAGAAAGAGUCAUCACAAAUGGACAUUGACAAAUGUGAGAAAAGCUCAGCUCGGGAGGAAGAAAUGGGUAUGAAAAUAGAUUAG